AUGUCAGCCAACCAACGCCGCCUCGAAUCCAGCUCCGAUCCAUACCCAGUUUCACCAACGCUGGAGAAAGACAUAGCCGCCAAUCUUCAUCUCUACUCUCUCUUGUCAACCGUAGAGCAAGACAAUAUCCAGGCUUCUGGCGAACUAGGCGAUUUAGAGCAGCAGCUCAGUAGGAUGUUAUCUUUACACAGUCGGGUCUCGACAACUUCUUCCAAUGCCCAGCAGCACACUGCCGCUCAGUCCCAGAUUAUCUCAGCCUUCAAGAAGAUCGGCGCUGGCGCCUGCGGUGCCAUCUUUGCUCAGGAUGGGAAAUCGUUCGUGUUCAAGUUGUCUAAAACAAAUGACGAGUCAUUGUGGAAUGAUUACAAGAUGCAUACUCGCACCUCAUCUGCGUUCGGAAAAUGGGAAUUUACAGAGAUCAAAAUCCCGGAGAUAUACUUCUUUGUUCCACACGAUGACCCUCGAUAUCUCGAACAGAAUCCUGAGCUGGCGGAAGGGGCUUCACAAGUUUGCAAUCUACCUGCCAACGUCCUUGUCUCUGAACGCAUCCCACCUUUGGCCAAACCUACCCGCAAGCUUUUGAUCGAGAAAUACUGUGCACCAAGAAUCAAGCAAGCUGCUCUUAGCGACACGGCAAACAGAGACUGCUUGGUGAGGCCUUAUCUUGGCUCAACGCAAGGCAAGGUUGGAGGUCUCUUUUUCUCUCUGAGAAACUUCAAGAUGCAUCUUAACCAGAUGGUGGAUCUCCAGCUCGACGUCAAAUCCAUUGCCAGCCGCAUGGGCACGGCUAUGGCAAUCAUGCACUGGGAGGCGAGGACAGAUGCCCGAGAUGUCGAGUUUGUUUUCGGCAGCUCCUCAAAGAAAAUCUCGGCUCGGCUUAGUCUGGAGGAACUCGAGAAGAUCCAACGUCCUACUUAUACUGGCCCACCCUCCUACAUCACCGAGGACUUUUUCCAUAGAUCCACGGAUCUUUGGCUCCUGGAUUUCAACCAAGUCAGAACGAUUACUAUGGAUGAAGCUGGAGUUUCGCAGGCCGUUGAAGCUGCUCGAAUCAAUGACCCAUACCUUCCAAAGCCACUAGGGGAUUCUAGUACUGAGAAGAUCAUUUGGAAUGCAUUUGCAAAACAUUACAUCUGGGCCGCAGACCUGAUCCUUGCAGACAGCCAAGAGUUGUUAUGGCUUCCACGCUUGUUCAUCCGCGGGCUUAUCGAGGCUCAAGAACAGAAGAAGGAGAGGGAUUCACAUUGA